AUGGAGGAGCGCACCAUACCGAAGCGAGUUGUGCUCCGCUUCCAAGUCACAUACGAGCUCGAGGAAAGCGCGAUUAAUAAGAGUUUCUUUUCUCAAAUCAGCUACGAGCUGGGAAAUGACUACUACUCUCAUUUAAUGGCCGCUAACAACUCCUCUAAGAUGCACAUCGUCCUUGAUCUACAUUGUAACACAAAUCCGACCAUCGACAAGGCUAAGAUACCCUACGAAGUAUACAAAGUCUCUAAAAAGGACGGUAAAUUUGAAUUUGAACAACUUCAUGGUAAAGCAUGCAACCUUGCUCGUGAGCGUUGUAAGAGGGUUGGUUGGGGUACUCACCGAACUCAGUCCGAUGAAUUGGACGGCGUCCUUGCAUCGCAUGUAGGGCAUCUCCCACCUACAUUCGUAUCCUGAGCGUCAAGAGAGAGAGGCAAGUCUCUGAGUUGUAAAGUUGGGGGCAUGCACAGCGUCUGAUCUUGACGUUGUCGUGCUGUAUCACACCGGAGAUAAUCCCCUCUCACUUGAUGUUGAGGGUUUCGGCGACAGUUAAGAUAUGUAGUGAUUUGGAUAGAGCACAUGCUGGGUGUAAGAUGAUCAGAGAAGAAUUAACAGAACGGUGGCGUGGGUGUGUUUGCUAGUAGAAGCAAGAAUGGUUUGCCAGCGUUGCAGACAAGUGCGGGGCAUUUCUAUAUGCACGUGGAAGAGGCUGCAGGUCUCGACUGUGGAUAUGUUUCAUAAGGCUACGUGGUUAUCCGAUCCCUCUUCUUCUCCUUCAAGGUACGAAUCGAUACAAGGAUAUGUUUCGCUUCUAGGCUUUGAGCGCGCCUUUACUGUGGCCUUCAUUCCAUCCACCAAGGCUUCUCUAGGGUAUUCAUCGAAGUAAACCAUCCAGCCAACCUUUUCU